AUGCCCAAGGUCGUGAAGAAGGCCAAGCCCAAAUAUGGUGGUGGUCCGGCGCCGGACUCGACUGCAGCUGCUACCACUGCCCCCGAAGUCCUCGUCCUGCCCGACCUCCUCCAACCCUUCAAUCCGGUGAGCCGAACGUUCGAGACGUUCGAUGUGACCAUAUCUGACCGCAAGUUGACGAAGGACAAGAUUAUUGCCUAUCUUGUAGAAUACAGCCUCCCAGUCACCAAGAGCUGGAAGAAAGGGCAGUUGCUCGAUGAACUGCGGGAGUUCGCGGGCGAUCCGACAUGUUGGGAGAGCACACUGCAAGUGGAGGGUGGAAUGAGCACACGCGGCAACAUAUCAGCUCGACGCGCGAAGAGGAGCCGGAUAGACCGGAAGCUCAAGAAGCGGUUUGGUGAAGAGAGCACAUCUGUCCAGUAUCAGCCCCGUACCAUACCGACCGCCGUUGGCAAUAUGCACGAUCCUCCAGCGCUGCCCCCUGCCACUGCGCGGACGAACUACGAAUGGGUAUGGCAACUCACCUACGCCCUCUCGCGGCCACUGACUUGCUCCGAUUUCUUCCUGAAGGUCCAGGAAGUCCUCAGGUUGGACAAGGAACGCUUCCAGAGCCUUGAGAGCCACGAGGCAAGCAGUGCUGCCCCCUUCUCUGGCUCUCCGCAACGCUCCGCCCGUGGAUCACACGGCUUGGAACGGAUCUCAGCAGGCCCAGCCGCCCCUUCCAAUGCGUCCGACGGCACCUCGCCUGCAUCCGCGACUUGGGCUGGGGCACCCGGCAUCACAGCCCCAUAUGAAUCGAUCAAUACACCACUGAGCGGGGACCAAAUCCCCACAGAUAGAGUGCGCUGGUUCUUGCUGAACGGGGAGAGAUUCCCGUUUGAUAAGACCGCCGUCCGUCCGCCCACGCUUGUGUCGUUUGCGGAGAACCUCGACCUGCUUUUCGUUGAAUGGGAGGUCUCGCGCCGCCUCGUCGUGAACUGCCGUGGGAUCCCAAUCAAGGAGUGGCCGUUUUUCUUCCAGAGCAAGUCCGGUAUCCAAUCAGGCUGGCGCACACUCAAGCACAGAUGGCAUGUCUGGAAGUCCCUCAUCGAAGAGCGGGUGAGGCACCCGUCCGUCGAGGCGUUCUGGGUGGCCCACUCGAAUGCAAGAGGCGAGCGGCACAACCAGACCCGCAUCUUGAAGGACCUCCGAGCAGUUCGGAAGGACCAGCAUGCCGUGGUCGCGCGGCAGGCCCUUGUCUUCUUCCACAAUGACCUCAGCCCCAUCGACCGGCGAACGGACCUGCGCACGGGGAAGCCAGUCGUGCCCUGGUACUUCAGGUACAAAAAGGACGGCCGAUACCAUGUUGCGACCGACUUUUCCAAGAUCACAGAGGGCUGGCAGACUCUGCUCGAAGACCAUCCCGAUGUUGCCGCGGCCUGGCGGACUGGCGUCACCUGGCCCGACAUUUCACUCCAUCUGCCGUGGGGCCCAUCCACAGUGGCGGCGACGCACAUGUCAGAAGGGUCGGGGCCGUCGGAGCUCCUUGCAGCGGCGGCGCGCGCCGCGGUCGGCACGUUCUCGCGGUAG